AGUGCGAUCUUUGCGAUCUGCGAGCCCAGAAAGAAAGGCGAACCGACAGGGGAAGAAGCGGCUGACGAUGAUCUCUGUCGGCUCGGGCGCCACCGCCCCUGACCCGUUGCCGCCUCUCGAGGAGGCGAUAGCGAAGGAGAGGGACGAUGCUGCCUCACCUGCUGCCGCUGGUGGUGGCGGUGGUGAGAGGUCGGGUACGCAGGACUACCAGCAGCGCAAGUCUGGUCCGUGGCUGCAUGCCUGGCAUGACCCGGUGGCCGGCAUGGUCUGCUUCUCACAGGUCAGAACGUACAACAGACACAUACAUGUAUCCAUGAGAGGAUGGCGCAUUUGAUUUGUGUGGAUUUAUUGUUGUUUGUGUCUGUCUGUCUGUCUGUCAGCACAUGUGUGUGGCUGAUCUGCACGGGGACGGGGACCACCGGCUGGUGCUCGUCGACAGGAAGAAACGGAUCCGCAUAUACCGAGGUGGGCACCAUCACACACACAGCCACACACAUGCCUCAUCUCAUCUGUUGUGAGAUGGUGUUUGUUGCGAUGCGUGUGCAGGUACGAGCAUCCAGUGGGAGCAGCGGCUGCUGGAGCCUCCUGUGGCUGUCCAGUGCUUCUACCAUGACACCGCCACACCACGUACCACCACACCACACACACCCUGGGGAUGCAUCAUUCUCCCUUCCUCCCUUCCUCUCUGUUUGGUGCAGCGAUCCCGACUUUGGUGGUGGCUGCGGGUCACCAGCUGUUCAUCUACCGGCAUCUGCAGCCGUACAUGAAGUUCGCACUGCCCCCACUGCCCAUCGACGAGCGCGAGAAGGACACCUGGAACCGUUUAGAGGGCUUACCUGAGGGAGAGGGCGUCGAGGAGGCAUUUAACCAGCUCAUGAAGUUGCGGUGAGCUCUUUGUGUGUGUGUGUGAUGGAGAGAGGGGAGGGAGGGAUGGAGGGAGGGAGGUGCCACAUGCACUUUCUCUCCAUUUGUGUGUGUGUGUUGUGUCAGUGAGGCUGGCGUGCAGUUGAGCCGUCGGUCGAUGGACCUUCUGGCAGUAGACGAUGUGGCGCAGAGGGCCAAGACGGCGGAGGAGCACAAGGGUGUGCCGCUGGUCCAGCUGCCCGCCAUCUCAUGCAUGGAGGUCUGCGUGCCCCUGGGAGGGAGGGUGUCAGGUGUCUGCGCGUGUGCAUAUGUGUGUGUGGUUGCAGACGCUGCGCCAGAACAUAGACCAGCCGACGGGCGUGUCAGUAGUGGUUGUGGCUGCCGAGGCGUUCUCGCACAAGGGCAUCAUAUUCAUACUCAACCCACAUGUCGACAAAAUACUGCGCAAGGUGGGUGGGUGACAGAACCAGGACCCCCAAGCCAUCCACAACACACCCAAGUACGUUUCCUCCUCCCUCCCCCCCUCUCUCUCUCUCUCUCUCUGUCUGUGUGUGUGUGUGUCUGUGUGUAGGUGGAGCUUGACGGCACGCCUGCCUUUGUGCACUGCCUGGGUCUGUAUGACGUCGAGUACCGCCUCACCGUCGCCACGCGAGACGGCACCGUCCACACCAUCAAAAACGGAGCGGUGAGUCAGUCCGUGAGCAGCCAACAUGCAGACGACAGACGCCUGACUCUAUGUGAUUGCUGGUGUGGCUGUGGCUGGGGGUUUAUGUGUGCCCGCAGUUGUUGGGCAGUGCGGUGGAGCUGGAGACGCCGUGCUGCGGGCUGGUGCGGCUAGACAAGUUCAUCUUUGUGGGCUGCAUGGACAGCGUCAUACACGUAUACCACUUCAAGGUCAGUCUGUCUGUCUGUCUGUCUGCACACACCCUCGUGUGUGUCUGUGUGUGUGGCCAUCUGUCCGCCUGUGUGUGUGUGUGUGUGCGUGUGCAGGGCAAGAAGAGCCACUCGAUCCAUCUGCCGUGCCCCCUGACCACUCUCACCGGCCUGUCGCUGCCCAGACUGCGCGUGCAGCGGGCCCUUCUCGUCACCCUCAACGACGGUAGGCACACACACGCACACACAAAUGGGUGGAUAGAUGGAUGGGCACAUGGCACUCUCUGUCUGUCUGUCUGUCUGUCUGUGUGCAGGUCAGGUGCGUCUGUACGGCAACAACGGCAAGGACCUCCUCCACAGCUUCUCCCUCCUCAACGACGACAUCGUCACCGGCGCCCUCUUCGGCCAAUACGGCCGGGAGGAGGGCGCCCUCGUCCUCUCGUGCAAGUCGGGGGCCAUCCUGGUACGCAGCCCCAUCCCCCAGACACACAACACACAGCCGCAUCUAAGCCUCUCUGCCUGCGUCUUGAUUGAUCAGGUGAAGAUCCUCUCACGCACCAGCACCUUAGAGCCGGCGCGGAGCGGGUCGUCGCUGUCCGAUGGAGAGGAGGCCACCGGCGGGCCCGUGCCGGCCGAGCAGGACGUGCCUCUGAACAUCCCCAAGAAGACGCGGCUGUACGUCGAGCAGAUGGACCGGGAGCGGCAGAGUGCCGUCCACAUGCACAGGACAUUCCAAAGGGACCUCUGCAGACUCAGGCUCAAAACAGGUCUGUCGGUGUGGGAUGGACACGCAGAGAGAGGCUGGGCGGUCUGUGCAUGGGUCUGUGUCUGUGUCGUGUGUGGUGCUGUCCGUGCAGCCCGGGCGUAUGUGAGUAAUCUGGUGGACAUGGGCCAGAGCCCCACGAGUGUGCCGUCGACCAGCGGGGCCGGGGAGGCCCACCUAUCGCUCACCGCUGACGUUAUCGGACUCACCGGGCCGCACUUCGACGUCCAGCUGAGGAUUCACAAUGCAGGUACGAAACAGACCGGCCGGAAAAAGAUGCACCCACAGCCUAAUCCUCUCUCUCUCUCUGUGUGUGUGUCAGGUUCCCACGCUCUGUCCAACGUGUGUGUGAUGUGUGUGUCGAGCCCGCCCGGCCUCUACGCCCUCACCCCCGCCAUGGCCCCCCUCCCCCUACUGCUGCCACAACACACAUCCGUCCACACCAUUCGGGCGCAGGAGCAGCCACCGGAGGGCGGUGGGGCUCCCACUGGUGCGGGCCAGGUGCGGUGUUUCGUCGUGAGGAUGGCGGUGGAGGGGCGGGGUCACCAGGCCGCCCGGCCGCUGACGACGGUGUAUGUGCAGAUGCCGAUUAGUGAGGGUGGGUAGACUCACUCGUGGGGCGGUGGGUAGGUGGGGCUGUGUUGUUGGCACCGUGGCGUGUUGCAUUCGGAAUGAGUCCAUGGGCUGGUGGCUGGAGACUGCAGUAGAGAGAGCGACAGAACUGUCUUCACCUAGUUGUGGGGUGUUGUGUGGCGCUCGAGACACUCUGCCCGCCUGACGCGCCUACCAAACACCCCUCAGAUGAGACGACACCUUGCUGCCCCGUGUGUGUGUGUGUGUAUGUGAAAGGGGUGCGGUGCGUUGUAUUCUCUAUAUGGUGCGUUGCAUGGUGCACAUAACUGGCUGACGUGUACAGAUCUCUUCAUGGUGUGUGUAUGCAAUGCCAUGUUAGGGUGGACGCUCAGAUGCAAUCAAAAUCACU